AGGAGCACUACCUCCAGGAGGAGGACCACCUCCAGGAGGAGCACCACCUCCAGCAGCGGCAGCACAGCAGAUGUUGAAGGUGUGUGUGUGUGUGUGUGUGGAGCACGGCGGAGAGACUGACAACACACACACACACAGACACACAGGAGCAGCUCCACAGACCUCGGUCAAACCGCCGUGUUCGACCAACGCUCGUUAAUCGGUCGUUUGAGAAGAAUCGCUGUUGCGUAAAGACAUGUGUCUCUGUCCGUGGUGCUGAAUGUCUCGGCGACACGCCGUCGUCGUCCGCGCUUCAGUGGAGACCAACGCAUGAACCGACGUGGACGCGGAGCAGCACAUCACGGCACGGCCCGGUACAGAACGGAACAGAACGGAACAGGACGGUACAGGACGGUACAGGACGGCGGACAGAGUAAAUGGGAGCUCACGUUGAAAGAUGGAGAGAAUUCUGCUGCUCGUCCUCAGCUGUUUCGCCGUCGCUCAAGUCACAGCGGAUAGCCUGUCACCUCCUGUCAAUGUGACCAUCAAAGCACUGAAAGCCAACUCAGCUGUGGUGACGUGGGACAUCCCGGAGGGAGACUACGUCAUCGGCUUCGCCAUUACACAGCAGAAGAAGGAUGUGCACAUGCUGCGGUUCAUCCAGGAAGUCAACACCACCACCCGCUCCUGUGCAUUAUGGGACCUGGAGGAAGAGACGGACUACAUUGUCCAUGUUCAGUCCAUUAGCAUGUCCGGCACCAGCCCGCUGAGUGACGCCCUGCGUUUUCGAACACCCAAGGAGGCAGAGACUCAGGCUUCGAAAAGUAAAGACGAGGUGACGAUGGAGGAAGUGGGCCAAAGUACUCAGCUGAGGGCGGGGGAGAUCGUCAUCAUUGUGGUGGUUCUCAUCAUGUGGGCAGGUGUCAUCGCUCUCUUCUGUCGCCAAUAUGACAUCAUCAAAGACAACGAGCCCAACAACAACAAGGACAAAGCCAAAAACUCCUCGGAGUGCAGCACCCCUGAACACCCAACAGGGGGACUGUUGCGCAGUAAGGCUUCCCACAACAAGAAGAUGGCGCCUGUGAACAUCAUUGAGGUGUGAUUGCCAGCACAUCUUCUCGUUCUUCUAGACUUUGUGUUCGCACAACGAAACGCAGACACACUUUGAUGUGGUUGUGAAGAUGAUGCUGGGACUCUGGGUUCUUCAUGUAGCACCUACUCAUCCUGGUACUGAGCUGGGUGCAGGAGCUAAGCUGCAGAACUCCAAAGGUCAGAUCUGACCGGGUCAGUGCUGUUCUGACAGCAGAGGAAGCAGUGAGGAGUCUGGGCUGGAGGCUGAGUGGCUGCACUGUGGUCUUUGAAUACUGCACCGUGAUAGGCCAAAAGGCUGUGGCAGGUAACUCCACCCCAGGGACCAACGCCUGAUAAAGCCAGAGACAUUUCUUUCUUUGUCCCACACACGUCACGCCUUCUAUUAGCACUGUCCAUCAGAGACUGACCACCCACUGACCUUGACCUUUGGUCACUGCCGUUCCCGACUUCACAACCUACCGUCUUCAUAGCAAUACCGUUCAUAUUUUUCAUCUUAGCCACAGGUUCGGCAUUGUGAAGCCAGUAUCCUGGGUCGUCACUUCUCUUCGAAAGAUCACUUAAUGAAUCUCUAUCAACUCAACAGCAUCCCCGGUGGACAAACCUUUAAAUGUCCUGUGGGUUAUUCUUUAUGGCAAGCUCACAUUCCCGUCUCAGGGAAUCCAACUCUCACCUGACCCCUUAAGGCCACAUUGUCUCAAAUCAGCCUAAGAGAAUGGAUGUCUACGAACCAGAGCUCAACGUCUCAAACCACUACAGUCCCUGUCACCGUUUCAUCGUCUCCAGCAGUGUGACGGAAAAAAGUCCUUAACGUUUUAUGUUUGAACUUAUUUCUGUUGAAUUUCCUGAGCUGUUAACAUUCCACACUACUGUUGGAGCUCUUCAGUAUUUCCUCGUGUCUUCGUUUUUAAUUGGGACGGAUUUUAGUAUUUCUAGGUACGAGGAAAGGAAAACGCCAUAAUGGGGUGCUUUCAUCUCAGUUUCACAGGAGACUGGACAUCAUGGCUUUCUAAAGAGGUGGGAGGGUGGGAUAGAUCCAUUGUAUCAGCAAUAAUGGUCCUCAGUGAAGUGCAGAAACCAGGACCUGGAUCUGUGACUCGGGUGCAAAGUUAGCCUCCAGGCAUGGAAUGUUUGGACAGAUGAAGUAAAGACGGAACACAGGAGAACUGACCGAGAGUCUGUUUUCAGGUUCUUUUCCUCACACUUCAGGAGGGGACAAAAAGUGGUGGAGGGAUUUUGUAAAAACUUUGGUUUUUGAUCGAAAGCAUGAAACAAAACAAAAAAAAGCAUAUUUUUCUGUCUGUGUCGGCCACUGCGAACAAAUGUCAUCAGGAUCAAGAAUUCUUCUCAACUCAGUGUCAACGAUUGAUUCGGAUGUCGUGUUGAAGAGGCUAAACCUGAGGGUAUCACCCCCUGGUCGGACGUGUUUGUUUAAAGAGGCAAUGUGUUCAAGAGGGCUGAUUUAACAUUAACAGUACUGCCUUAAAAAUACUUAAAGUAUACAAUACAAGUCUCCAUGACGAGAUGUAGGAACCGCCACACGUGAUAUUUGCCGUAAAGACUUUGUUUCUCAUUUACACGUGCGUCAAAUUCAACAAACAGACGGUGUUGACAUUCAGCCUAAAAAGAUGAGUGUGAUUUUUAUUUGACUAAUUUAACAGUGUUGUCUUUGAUGCCUUUUUAAUGACACACUUGAUGUAAAGUGGAGGUGGAGGGGCCGGGGGGGCUGCUGGUAGUAAAAAUGUAGGUGACUUUUAUGUUGUGCACAGCACCUGUUAUGUAUGUGCUCUUUCAUCCUGAUAUAUUCCUAUAUUUCUAUUACAUUGUGUUAUUAACGUGCAGUACGGACUUUGUUUUUAAUGAGAAGUGAUUUUAAAAGGUGUCGGACGAAUCCACAAAUCCUCCAGAUAUCAUGGUUGAUGUGGCUGUGAAACGUUUGAACAAGGACGUUACAAACUACUGUUAAUUGUGGGAUUGAAACUCAAGUCAUUUAUUGUAAACAGACAUUAUGUAAAUAAUGUGCGCAGUCGGGCAGAACAGAUUAAAAGUCAAGUGGAGACAAAUGAACUGAAGGGUUUGGAACUAAUGAACGUUCUGGCAGGUUGAAGUGGUGAACCCCUCCCCUACACCUACCCACCCACAAAACCAUGAUGAGAUUUGGCCAAAGAACCUUUUAAACUGACACACAUGGACAACAGAAACAGACCCGUCCCCCCUCUGGAAUUACGUCUUUAGAUAAGAUUUAUGCCCUAUAUUUAUUGAAUCCAUUGAUUAACUAAAAAUACUGUUUUUAAACAUUUACUCAUAUAUAGUAUGUAAGAGAAAAGCUUCAGCUUAAUACGUGGUAUGAUCAAAUGACAGGUGAUUUGAAUGUGUUUAUUCCUAAUAUGUUUAUUAAUUAAUGAAGUGUACUUUAGGGAUGGAACGACACAAUCAACCCACAAGACGAUAUGAUUCAUAAAUCUUUUUUGUUCACGAUACCAUUUUAUCACAAUUUUCUUUAAACAAAUUGACAUUGUUCUCUUCAACAACAAAAGAGAAAAAAGUCCCAUUUCUAUCCAGAAACCCUG